AUGGCGGACCCGGUGGACUUGUAUCUGCUUUUCCUCGAAGAAGGUGUUGCUGAGGAAGAGCCGGUGCACAACUUCCGCAGUCAUCGAGAUGCUUUCGAAGCGUUAUCGGAAGACGAAUUCAUCGCUACCUUCCGCUUGUCGAAGGAAGCUGCCAGGGAGGUGUGCGAAGCUGUUAGGCCGGACUUGCAGCGCACCCGAGAACCCCGUCGGAGAACUCUGAGCGUAGAGCGGAGAGUCCUCACAGCCCUUCGUUUCUACGCUACUGGAGCUUUCCUUGGAAACGUUGGAAAUGAGGAAACGAUCGCCUGCAGCAAGCGUGCAGUGUCACAGGCUGUCCAUGAAGUUAGUGAAGCCAUCUUGAAGUACCUUGCGCCCAAGUACCUGCGGUUUCCCACAACGCCUGAGGCGAAGCUCGAAGUGAAACGUGACUUUUAUGAGCUGGCAGGCUUCCCAGGCUGUGUCGGUAGCAAUUUUGCAGCCAAGCAUUUCGACCCGAGAUUUGUUAAUGGCAAUUACUAUUGCCAUAAAGGCUACCAUUCCAUCAACGUCUUAAUGGUUUGUGACGCCUCCAUGCGAAUCCUCUUCCUGAAUGCCAGGUUCCCUGGUUCAUGCCAUGACGCAGCUGUAUGGGCUGCCUGCAACCUACGGCAAGCCACCUCAACCGUAUUUGAAGAAGGAGAGUGGCUAGUUGAUGAAGGUGAUGGGCCAAGUGGGGAAGGGGCAGAAGCUGGUGCAGCAGGGGAGACACAGGAGGAUGGAGCACAGGAAGAGGAGGACCAUGACCCUCAGCCUAUGAGAAAUCGUGCAGCACAACUUUGA